GCGCUGGCCCUGUUGGCCUGGGCCACACCUCUGAUGCCCGGCAGCGUCCCUGAGGCCUCUCCCGGUGUCCCCAAGACCCUCGGCGGUGUCCCCAAGGCUCCUGCUGCCUUCCGGAGGGUCCUGGCGCUGGCCUGGUCUGAGUGGAAAGUCCUUGGAGCCGCCUUCCUUUGCCUCAUGCUGGCGGCCACUGGGGAGACGGCGGGGCCGUACGUCACCGGGAAGGUGCUGGACGCCAUCAGGAACAGGGACGGACUCACCGCUGGAGCUGUUGGGAUGGUGGUGGCCACCGAAGCAGCCAGUGUCCUGUUCUCUGGGUGCCGUGGGUGGCUCUUCCUGCUGGUGGCAGCGCGUCUCCGGCAGAGCCUGCGCUUCCAGCUCUUCUCCCACCUGGUGCACCAGGACCUGGAUUUCUUCCAGGGAAUGCCGGCAGCCGAGCUCUCAGCGCGGUUUUCCACGGAGGUGCCGCUGGUGUCCAUGGCGGUGCCGAGGGGAACCAACCUGCUGCUCCGCAGCCUGGGAAUGGCACUGGUGGUGGGGAUGGCCAUGGUGUGGCUGGCACCGGGGCUGGCACUGCUGGCACUGCUGGAGCUGCCCCUCGGAAUCACCACCCGCCGCAUCCACAGUGCCCGGAAACAGGCGCUGCAGCGAUCCAUGCUGGAAGCAUCCGCCCGGACGGCCUCAGAGGUGCAGGAAUCCAUCGCCGCCAUUGAGACGAUCCAGAUCUUCUCAGCAGAGGAGGAGGAGGAGGAGCGGCACAGCCAGAACCUGGACAAGGAGCUGAGGCUGAAGGAGCGGAUGGAGUUGGAGCUGGCAGGAUUCACCCUCAUCCAUAGGGUCCUCCGACUGGCCAUCCGGGUCCUGGUGCUCUUCCGGAGCCACCAGCAGCUCCGUGAUGGAUCCAUCACUCCUGGGGUCCUCGUCACCUUCCUGCUGUACCGGGACACGGUUGGCAGCCAUGUCCAGGUGCUGCUCAUCGGCUUCAAUGAAUUCAUGACCAACAUGGCUGCUGGGCAGAAAAUCUGGGAAUACCUGGAUCAGGAACCCACGAGGGACACUGGGGGGACACUGGAGCCUUCCAAGCUCCGGGGCGACAUCACCUUCCAGAGGGUCUGCUUCACAUAUCCCGGGAAUCCAGAGCGCCCUGUGCUGAAGGACGUGUCCUUCGAGGUGCGUUCCGGGGAGGUGACGGCACUGGCAGGGCCCAAUGGGAGCGGAAAGAGCACAGCCGUGGCACUGCUGGAGCGGCUGCGGGAUCCUGGGAGCGGGAAGGUGCUGCUGGAUGGGAUCCCACUGCAGGAAUAUGAACACCAGUACCUACACCGGCAGGUGGUGCUGGUGGAGCAGGAUCCUCUCCUGUUUUCCGGAACGAUCCGUGAGAACGUUGUGCUGGGGCUGGAGUGCUGUGAGGAGUCGGAGCUGCAGGAGGCGGCCACUGCUGCCGGAGCCAUGGAGUUCAUCCAGGGGCUGGAACAAGGCUGGGACACCGAGGUUGGGGAGCUCGGGGGGCGGUUGGCGGCGGGGGAGCGGCGUCGCCUGGCCCUGGCCCGGGCCCUGCUCCGGCGUCCGACUGUCCUAAUUCUCGAUGAGGUGCUGGAUGAUGGAGACGAGGGGGCGGCGCAGCGCUGGGUGCGCACUGGGCUCGCCCGGACCGUGCUGGUCGUCUCCCACCGGCCGCGGGUGCUGGAAGCGGCCGAUCGCCUCGUGGUGCUGGAGCGCGGGGCCGUGGCAGAGGCAGGAACACCGACGGAGCUGCGGGAACGCCACGGGGCCUACAGCCGCCUGCUCCAGGGUGGAGGUGGGACCGGGCGGCCCGACGCCACGGGAGAGGGAGGCAGGGAAUAAAGGGAAAUUGGUGUCCCCAUUCCUGGUGUUUGUGUCCCAUCCCUGUUUCUAGUGUCCCCAGCCCCUGUGUCCUGCAGGUCCCUCAUCCCCCCAUCCCCUGGAUCCCCACUCCCUGUGUCCUUUUGAUUCUUCUCCCCAUUCCACCAGGGAUGGGAAGUGUGGGGGGGGUAUAGCGAGGGGCUUAAUUUCCAGCUGGGCUUAAAACCACAACAGUGGGGACAUGAGGGACACGUGGUGGGCAGGGACACAGGGAACACAAGGACCAAAGUAAAACUUGUAUGUUUAAGACAGUUUAAUAAUUGUAAAUAAAGUAAAAUGCAAUAAUAAUGGUAAAUGAUAAUAAUAAUGGUAAUAAAA